GAACCAGGCAGUGUAAAAGUUGCUGAGAAGGGCACUGCAACAUUCAUUGCUAAAGUCGGAGGUGAUCCAAUUCCUAAUGUCAAAUGGAUGAAGGGUAAAUGGCGGCAGAUUAAUCACGGUGGCCGCAUUGUGGUUCAACAGAAAGGAGAUGAAUCUAAGCUGGAAAUCAAAGAUGUUACUAAGACUGAUUCUGGACAAUACAGAUGUGUGGCCGUCAACAAACAUGGUGAAAUUGAGUGCAAUACAAACCUGUCAGUCGAGGAAAGGAAACAAGAGUCCUUUGAGGGUGACCUCAGAGCCAAACUUAAAAAGACUCCAACUAAGAAGAAGGAGGAAGAA